UUUGAACUCAGGUCCUUGCGCUUGCACAGCAGUCAGCAAAACCACUGAGCUAAAUCUCCAGCCCUAGCUACACUGCUAAAUCAGAGUAGGGGGCUUGAGAAAGAUGGAGGACCCAGGGACCCUUUGUUCUCAGAUGUUACAAAGUUAUUUUCUAAAAAAAGUUUAAAAGUGCUGGUGACAAUGAAAAAAUGACUUCAUACUAUCUACUUCAAAUUUUCUAACCUGUGAAAUGUGGCACUUGGGGGAUGUAUUCACUCUGAAUAACACUAAAAAAUUUAAUGUUAAAACCUUUUGAUUUGACUUUCUUAACUUUAGAAAGCCCAUCACAACAUCACGUGGGAGGGAGCUAACUGUGGAGGCCUUUACUGGCUCUCCUGAAAAUAAUAGAGGUGCACUGUCUCAUAGUUUUAAAAUGUAUGCCUCCAUUCAGACUAUUAAAGUGUUGAGCCUACUGUAGUAAGGUUUCUGGUGCUGGUCCAGAAGGCUUUGUGGGUGAGAAUAAAAUUUCAUAAAUUAAAUUUUGCUAAUAUUUACAUUUAACUUGAUAUUCUCUUCAUUGUAAGAUCUGGAUGUAGUUUAAAAAAUAUGCCUUUUCUCCCUAUGUAAUUUCUUGUCUAAAUUCCUGGGUCUUUCUUACUAAUAUAGAUAUGUUCAGAUUGCAGAUCCAGGAGAAAUCGGGAGUUUCAAAGACAAAGUUAACAAGGACUCAGCUCCUUGGAGUGGAAGUGCCUGCUGCAUUGUCUUCAGGAGAAGAGGAAAAUGGCAUCCAAAGGCUUUCGGCUACUCUUCCUGCUGAGCUGGGCAGCCAGCUCCGAAGUCCUGGGUGAUAUCAUCAUGAGACCCAGCUGUGCUAGUGGAUGGUUUUACUCCAAGUCCAAUUGCUAUGGGUACUUCCGGAAGCUGAGGAGCUGGUCUGAUGCUGAGCUUGAGUGUCAAUCACAUGGAAACGGAACCCAUCUGGCUUCUGUCCUGAGUUCAAAGGAAGCUAGCAUCAUAUCAAAGUACAUAAAUGGCUAUCAAAGAAACCAGAACAUAUGGAUUGGCCUGCAUGACCCUGAGAAGAAGCAGCAGUGGCAGUGGCUGGAUGGGGCCAAAUACCUGUUCAGAUCCUGGAGUGGCAGGUCCUCUGGCAAGAACGAGUCCUGUGGGGAGAUGAGCUACAAGGAAAACUUUUUAACUUGGAACAAAAAUGACUGCAACAAGAGCCAGCACUUCCUGUGCAAAUAUUGACCGUAAAGCAAGAAUCAAGAUUCUGCCAACCCUUGUACCAGCCCCUUUCCUGGUACCAGCUCCUUUGCCAUGCUGGCAAAAUCCAAUCAUUAUACCAGAAAGUAAACACAGCAGAAGAGAAUCCUAAGGCCUCUAUUCUCCUGACUUUGAUAGGCUUGGAGAUUAGCUCUUAGCAUUGGUACCCUAGUGGCUUCUAAUGUUGUCUUUACCCCACAAUUCCUUCUAUCAUAUUAUUUCCUCCUGCCAUCUCAGCUGUCUCAAGUAAACCAGAAGUGCAUGUCCCUACCUGAUGAAACAGCUGUGUAUUGGCCAUAGGAGUAAAGGUUUGAAAGCAGGAAACAGAAACCUCAGAAUGAGUUUCUACCCCCUUCCACUCCUGCAUCUUAUCCCCUCUCUCCAUUGCUCACAUCCUCCCCAUCAGGCACUUGUCAAUUCCUCUUUUUGCCAUGGGAACAUCCACCAAUAGAGUCCUUAGUAGGCUGAAAUAAUCCUAAAAUUCUUUUAAUAAACAAUUAUAUUCUUGGGA